CUUCAAUUCCAGGUAAAGCGACAUCGCCUAUUAGCCUCGCAGAAAGGAAUAAAGUGAGAGAGAGGGAGAGAAAAAGAGAGGUACACUCCCCAUAACAAUGCUGAAGGUCAUGACUGGUGCUGCCGAGUAAGAGAGGAAGGCACCUCCAUGGGUCUCUCUGCUGAGUAUCUACUUCGUACCUGAGGCUCAUGUAGGAAGUAAUAGAGACUGGAUAGAUCUCUCAAGAAGCUUUCAACUUGGAAAUGGGAACCGUCACACCUGAUUCUGAGGCUGUAGGCUCAGAAAUUUAUUCAUCUUUGGGUAUUAUCAAGUUGGCUAAAGUUCCCGGAAACUAUCCUCGUGUGUUGUCACUCCUUUCUUCACUUCUAGAGAGAUGUGUUCAGAAGAAUGAAAAAUUACUAGACACUACAAAGAAGAAAGAUACAGUUACCACAUUUCAUGGUUUAAGAGUACCCAGCCUUGGCAUUCGGAAGUACAUUGAUCGUAUAUUCAAGUACUCAUGUUGCAGCCCUUCCUGCUUUGUUAUUGCUUACAUCUACAUCGAUAGAUUCAUCCAACGGAUGGAUGUCCAUCUCACUUCCCUCAAUGUUCACCGGCUUAUAAUUACAAGUGUGAUGGUAGCAGCAAAAUUUUUUGAUGAUGCAUUCUUCAACAAUGCCUAUUAUGCAAGGGUGGGGGGAGUAAGCACUUCAGAGAUGAAUAGGUUGGAAAUGAAGUUCUUGUUCGGUCUUGAUUUCAGACUUCAUGUUACUGUUACGACUUUUGAAUGGUAUGGCCAACUGUUAGAAAAAGAAGGUGACGGUUACCAGAUUGAGAGGCCGAUCCAAAUAUGUGGGUUGAAAGAAAGCUGGCCAAACAAAGAUGACGCUAAACGUGCGGUGGCCACAGUAGUAAGAUACAGUUGUUAAGCCAUGAUCAUGUAAUACCAGUACCUCUUGGUUUCACAGAAAAUUGUCAUUCACACUAGGAGAUAGGGAUGUUUAAAACAUGCUUGUAUUUGUAGCCAUAUGUAACGGAUGCUAUUGAAUGAUUUUUUUUUUGGUGGAAUGCUAUUGAGUGAUUAGUA